AUGGCCAUCGAUACAUCAGUAUGGUACAAGCCGCUGAUCGGACAGCGGCUGAAAGCCUCGACUAGAUAUGUGUUUGAGAAAUGGAGUGGAGUGUCUGGCAAAGAGCUCAUUGCUCAUUUGCAUUCGAUCCGUGAUAAAGCUUGGCCGCUGGGAGAAUACCCAUGCGUGGGUGAAUGGAUAUUUCUACUUCCCAGUAUUUCGGCUUUUCGACAAUUCCCCGACAUUGUACAUCGCGCAAAGGCGGGUGCCACAAUCCUUGACGUUGGCUGCUGUUUCGGACAGGACCUGCGUCGUCUUGCUGCUUACGGAGCACCUACAGAGUCGAUGUAUGCUCUAGACAUCAAUUCAUCGCUCUGGGAUUUGGGCUACGAGCUAUUUAAGGAUGCGGAUCGUAUGAAAGCCACCUUUCUCGAGGCGGAUUUUCUCCAAGAGAAUUCUGCGUUGUCCUGUCUGGAUGGGAAAACGGAUAUCAUCAUUGCCUGUCAGUUUCUGCAUCUGUUCGGGUGGGAGAACCAGAUCAAGGCUACAAAGAGGGUUGUGACCCUCUCAAGGCCCGGAACGAUGCUUAUCGGGUACCAGCAGGCUAGAUUGCAAGCAAGGGAAUAUAUCAGGCCCUGGGGGAUGAUGUUUUACCACAACAUUGAAUCAUUUAAGAAUAUGUGGGAGAUUGUGCAGCAGGAAACAGGGACACGCUGGAGUGUGACUGCAAACCUCGUGGAUUUGCACGAAUGGGGAAUGGAAGACGAGGAUGUUGAAUGGAUGCCGCAAGACAGGAUGGGAAUCAAUUUCAUCGCUACAAGGGAGGAAUAG